ACGACGUGAAGCAAUAUAGUGAAAAAAAUAGGGCAGUGACAUCCAGGUCAUUCAAAAGUGUAACUGUACUUUUGUCGCUAAGUUUUGGUUUCGAGAACCGUGUAGGUAUUUUUUGCAGCUUUUAGACAGAUAACAUUCCCUGUGUGAUUCUGCAUACAUUUCUGGUUACAGUCAUACACCGGGAAGCAAGCCGUAUUAUCGCAAAAAUCUGGUUGCGAUAAUACAGUCAGACAGGAUGGCUGCUGUAAAAUCCAACUUGACAGAAGAAGCAGAACAAAAACUGAUGCAACUUCUGGGAUAUACGAAGCUCAGUUUAUUAUUCAAAGGAAGUGUUCAUGGGUUUACUGUAAAUGCAUUUCAUAACAAAUGUGAUUUACAAGGGCCUACUUUAACAGUGGCAUACAACAAACCCGGGUACAUUUUCGGAGGAUACACAAGUCAAAGUUUUAACUCAGGAGCUGGAAAUUACUUACACGAUGAGAAUGCAUUUCUGUUCAGCAUUGGCUUAGGGCAAGUUGAUUCCAAAAUUAUCAAAAUACCUACUGAAAAUGCCGCAAAUGCAGUUUAUACGGCUAAUAAUAGUGGAAUUAAUUUUGGAAAUGGAGCACUGCAUUUAAUAGGUGCUGGUACUGCAGUGCAAAGUGCCAGUAACAAUGUCUAUAAAUUUGAGCCUAUUGCUUUACAUGGAAAUGACUUAGUCCUUGUGGAGUGUGAAGUCUAUCGAGUUGAAAGUCUUGGUGAAUUAUUGCCCACACCUUGGCGGAAACUUUCAUGGACAGUUGAGCAAAGAAGAGAAUAUAUGGAUAUGGUAAAAAAUUACACACCAUUUAACUUAGUUCCCAGAAUACGAGUUUUACUUAUUGGUCCAGUAGGAGUUGGAAAAUCCAGUUUUUUUAACUCUGUGAACUCAGUUUUUCGUGGUCAUGUGACCAGUCAGGCAAUUGCUGGCUCUGCAUCUUCAAGUCUUACAACAAAGUUUAGGGCAUAUUCCAUACGAGAUGGGAGAGAAGGAAAGCCAUUACCUGUUAUGCUUUGUGAUACCAUGGGACUGGAGGAACACACAGGAACAGGAAUUGAUACUGAAGAUAUUGUCUACAUUUUAAAAGGACACGUCCCAGAAAAUUAUCAGUUUAAUCCAAGUGUCAGCUUUAAUUCAGAUACAUUAGGAUACAUUAAAAAUCCAUCCCUUAAAGAUCAGAUUCACUGCGUUGCAUUUGUCAUGGAUGCAUGCAAAAUAAGUAUUCUUUCUCCUAAACUUGAAGAAAAGCUCUGUGCAAUUCGCUCGAAAAUUAACAUGCUGGGUGUGCCACAGAUUGUUUUGCUGACAAAGGUGGAUGAAGCAUGCCCUUUGGUUGCAGAGAAUACUGAAAACAUUUACAGAAGUCGCUACAUUGAAAGCAAGAUCCAUGCUGUUGGAGCUCGUCUUGGAAUUCCUGUUUCAUGCGUUAUGCCUGUUAAAAAUUAUUCAUCAGAGGUGGAUCUGGAGAAAAGCAUAGACAUUUUGCUUCUGGCCGCUAUUAUUCAGAUGCAGCGUUUUGCAGAUAAUUACCUCGAUAAUUUCUGCAUUUAUGAUGAAAAAUUUGACUGAGUCCAUAUUUGUGAUUCUGAUGAGUUAAAGAUACUUGCUUUAUUAGCUGUUAUACUGUGGCCAUUGCUGCUGAUUUUAGAUAUUUAGAAAUCAUCCGAAAUGUAUAUUGUCAGAUCACUUAAAACACUUAGGAAAUGAUCAUGUUAGAAUACAUUUUACUAACUGGGAUUUUAUAAUCCUUACUUAAAGGGAUUUUUCAGGUUGUUUUACUUAAUGCAGUGUCUGCCGCACACUGUUGUUAUUCUUACUUUGUAUACUAAAUUAAAUAUUGGGAGAAUCACCAUUGUAUUGUUGAAAGAUAUACUGUGGUAGUGGCAAAACCUAGAAUAUCAUGCAUGAGCAUUUUACUAUUUUAAUCUUCAGGAAGGUUACCUUUUCUUGUCUAUAAAAGUUAAUCAUUUACAUAAAAAUAUGAGAUUACUUACACAGUCUGAAUCAAAGUUUUACUAUUACAAGUACAUGCUUUAGAUUUUGUGUCGUUCAAUUCACAUUUUUUUCAUUGCUACAAUAAAUCAGCUGUAAUAUAAAAAAAACAAGUGUAUGCUCACUGAAUCAGCACAUUUUACAUACUUUUAAACCAUUAGCUUGAAUGUAUUGAAUGGCCAUAAGUUACCUGCCUGAAUCCCAAAUGUUUCUUCAGUCUCAGCUAGUACUAAUACAGCCACACAUGCUCUUCACU